GACCGAACCUGUGACAGCUUUCUGGGUAAACUGUGCAACCCGAUGGCGAGAGCGAGUUACAGGGAGUGACGCUUUCACUUGCUUUAUUUUUCUAACAACUUCAACUCCUGAAAAAAAGAAAAACAAUAAAUUAACCCGCUGUGCACCUGAGCUGACUGUUUUCCACUUUUUCAUGCAUUUGUGCGAAGCCAACACGACAAGCUCUUCGGUUAGCUCACAGGCUAGCCAGUCUUUGUUCUGUACUCAGACCAGCAGUGUGGCCAUAAAUUAGGACUCAGCCUUCACUUCUUGAAUGUCGACUCCUUCUGCACUUAUUUUAUCCAGAUGAAACUCGUCCAUUUCUGAAGCUCUAGCACAUUGACUUGGCAGUGGGAGAAAUUUAGCCGUUAGCCUCAGUGCUCGCUUGUAUGAAUUGCGUCUUGGCUCGGUCGUUCAUAGGUUGCCAUGGAGCAGUGCGCAGCCCCGCAGCUCGAAAGCGCUAGCUCGCGAUCUUCACCUCCAGAUCCUGCGGGACAGCCUGGAGGAGAUGCCGCGGAGACGGCUAAGGACGCAUACGAGUGCAGGAUUUGUGGUUAUAAAGCUCAAGACGUUAAAUGCCUCAGCCAGCACCUGCACGCCGCUCACCCGGUCACCAGCCUGUGUAGCUCGGCGAUGAGCGAGAGAUCUAACGUUAACGUUUCCCGACCGGACAAGACUGUGGUGGGUCCAGACACACCGAGCGUUAACGGUGUCUUGGGCAAGAGCUUCGUUAAAGAUAAGCCAAUCACCCCUGAGGGAUCAGAAUCUGCUUCACUCCAGACUCCUGAUGACUUAAAUGAGACCUCGUCCUCUACAGAGGCCAGAGAACAAGAAGAGAAGAUGGACGACUCUCCUUCUCCUGAGGGAACACAGAGCUCAUCCCCUGAAUUACCUCAGGAGAAGUCACCCUGCUCCUCAGGAGCCCAGAAGAGGCCAACGGUGACCUCCGGCACAUCGACCCACAACCAGGUCAACCUGGUCUGUCUUCCAUUGGUCUCGGAGGGCUUAAAGCUGAUCUGGGUGCGCUCUGAGCAGGUUCAUGAACUGGAUGCCGUGUCAGAACUCGUGGAAGCGUUUAAUUCAUUUCCAUACCCCACAUCACAGGAGGCGAGUGCUCUAGCACGAAAGUGUGCAUUACCGCCUGACCAAGUGAAAGCGUGGUUCAUGAUGCAACGGGUACGUUACGGAAUCAGCUGGGCCGAUGAUGACAUCCAGGAGACGAGACGCAAGCUGUGGCACAUUCAGAAAAAAGCAACAAAUGACGAGUGUGUGGAAAUCGAUGAUGAUGAGGAUUGUUUAGCGGUUGAUAAAACGCAAGCUGUGCAACAGGCUUUUAUUCCACCACCUGUGUCAAACACCCAUGCAGAUCAGAGAGACCACACACCUAAACCCAGCCAUACUGUUCCUCAUCACAUCACCACUGACCAAUCCCACUUGCGUUUCGGGCAGAAUAAUGCUUCCCAGUCCAAUAAUGGUGUUCAGCACUCUCUCCCUUCUAACGUUGUGUACAAAAAUGGUGUGGGACAUGCACCCCAAGUUCCUCAAGUUAAUCCCAACUUCCAAAGUGAAAGUAGAAACGCACCACUACAAAAUACUGGAGUCCAGCUGAUCGAUACUUUUGGACAUCCAUCAUUUGUGAUGACGAAUGAGCAACCACCUGCGUUAUCAUUCCCUGAGCUCCCUGAGCUGUCACAGUCACUACACUGCUUGCCUGGGAAAAAAUCCAAAGCACAACUAAUGGCCCUGCGUCGCAGUUUCGUAAAUAAAUCCUGGCCCAGCGAUGGUGAAGUUCAGCGGCUCCAGAAAAUGACUGGACUCAGUCGGCGUGAAAUCCGCAAAUGGUUCGCGGACAGCCGCUAUCAGCUUCGUAAGAAUGGCAGAGCUUGGCUAAACAAGCUCGCGAAGCACAAUCGCUCAUUGCAGCUGAUGCAAAAGAACAGUCAGGACAACGAUGAUAUACCCAGUGUGGAUUUUGAUGAUAACGAUGAAGUUGACGACACUGAGGCUGGGUUUGAGGUUGAUGUGGAUGUGGCUGACAGCGAGGGGCCACUCAACCAAUCAAACGAGACCAAGGAUGAAGUAAGCGAUGAAGGCGGCGACUUAGACGACGGCAGCACUUCCACAAAACCGUUAUCAGUUGACGUUUCACCCUCACCUUCUCCUUCCCCAUCAUUCCGCCGCGGGCUGGUAGAACCCAACGUGCGACUCCGAAAGAAGACGAGGGAACAGUUGGAAAUGUUACGGCAGAGUUUCCUUUGCUGCCAGUGGCCCACAAGCGACGAUUACGAGAUCCUGCAGAAGAAGACAGGCCUGACGAGGACAGAGAUCAUCCAGUGGUACGGAGACACACGUUACCACGUUAAACACAAUCAGAUGCGCUGGAUGACCUCACAGGAGAGGGAGCGCAUCAUUGCGGCCAUAACGCAACAGCAGAAAAGAGGCGGGAAAUACUCGCGAGGAAGAAUCUCCUUCGAGAGCUUGAGCUCGGGCUUGAGUGUGGGUGAUUCUGCGUUAAUUAACGGCAGCAGCGCGAGCGGACCAGCAACAUGGAACGAACUUUAUAAUGAAAGUGCCCCAAUUGAGCAUGAGGGUGAACUUUGACCUGAGAAGUGAAAUCUGCUUACGAUGGCAUUUGUAGCUGUGCAGAUUGGUGGAAAGCAAAUUCCACAUCACUGCCAAAGAUGUUACAAAACCCCUCUUUUUUUUGACCACCUUUUAACCUGUAUGGAUAUUUCCAUCCCAAUGUAAUGCUAUGAUCCAGGGCCUUGUAGAACCUCUCUCUCACAACAUUGUUAUGCAAUAUGUAUCUCCAAAACUAAGCAUCUUACUUGAAUCAAAACAAAAUAUUUAGUAAUAGAAUAUGUACCUUAAAAGUAAUCGAAACCUAAAUUGUGUAUGGCAAGGCACUGAAUUACUGUAAAACGUAUUUUGUUUUGUAGCUUGUUCGAUCGGAGGUCUCUUCGUUGUGGUUCACGGUUUGACUCAACAGAGCGAAUGCAUGUGUGUUGCCAUUUUAAUGUUUGAGUUACACUUCGGGCUUAGAUAUCUAGAUGUUUGCUUUUACAAAGUUCAGUUGUAUUUAAGGUUCUAACAUAACAGCAAUCUUUCAGAUCCACGGCGUGCUCUGCAGAUUUGUUUCUGUGAUGGAAACAGUGAGCUGAUAUAAUACUACUUAAUUUAUGCGCUUGGUUUCUAAUUCCCCAAUCAAAUUAUGUGAUCUUUUUUAAUUAUUAUUAUUUGAAGACUAAUUAAUAUUAAGUAGUUUCAAUAUAAAUUUUAGUCUAUGCAUUGAGUGAGCUGACUAGAGAGACUGUCCUUUUUUUGUGCUGAAGCUUUUUGUACCAGUUUGGUUUUACUUAAUAAAUUGAUUCUAAAACAUCUUUA